AUGCGACGUUGUUUUCUACCUGAAAAUUGGCUUGUGCAUUCGCCAGAAGGUGGUUUUCUGCGUGGAAGGAGAGCUUCUGCUGAGUCGCAGCGCUAUAUUAAAUUAUUUGAACUGGAAAAUAAAGAAGCUGAAGGAAAAGUGCGGGGUGCCCAAUGGGCUAUUGGUGAAGCUAAUGUUGAAGAUUGUGGCUACCGUCUUGAUGGACUUUGGUAUAGAAUUCCACCUUUAAGACCUCUUGCAAUUGAAUAUAAUGGGUGCUACUACCAUGGUAAUAUUUAUUGGCAUUAG